CUCUGCACCACCACCCGCUGGUUAUGGAAACCGACACAACUCAUGGAGUGCUACACUGAGCUUAUCGCUCCCACCGCCGUCACCCACUCCCUUGCACUUCCAUUCCUCACGACCGACGCCAACAAUUUGAUCGUUGUCAAGACCUCGCUCCUGCAGGUCUUCGCCCUUCACGAUGCGCAAUCGAAAUUGGUGUUGAUUGGUGGGUAUCCUCUCGCGGGAACGGUCACGUCGAUCGCGCGCGUCAAAACUCUCGACACGCGCACCGGCGGCGAGGCAAUAUUGUUGGCCUUCAAGAACGCAAAGCUCAGCUUGAUCGAAUGGGACCCCGAGAACCACCGCAUCAGCACCGUCAGCAUACACUACUACGAAGGCGAGAAUGUCAUCGCGCAGCCUUACGGGCCGAGUCUGGGCGAAUACGAAAGCAUUCUCACAGUCGAUCCUGGUUCAAGAUGCGCGGCAUUGAAGUUUGGCGCACGACAGCUUGCCAUCCUUCCCUUUCGCCAAUUCGGAGACGAGCUGUUGGGAGAAGAGGAGGGCGAGUUUGAAAAUGCAAACGAUGGCACCACCAGCAAGAAGCAUGACGCUAUGCAGAAUGGAGAAGAUGAGGCCGAGCAGACACCAUACAAGCAGUCAUUCGUUCUACCUUUGACCACCCUGGAUCCAGCCUUGAGCCAUACCAUUGAUCUGGCGUUCCUUCACGAAUAUCGUGAGCCGACCUUUGGCAUCAUCUCCUCCGCCAUCGAGCCUUCUUAUGCCCUAUUCGACGAGCGCAAGGACAUCUUGUCAUACACCGUCUUCACGCUCGACCUGGAGCAAAAGGCAUCUACCAAUUUGAUCACUGUUCCGAAUCUCCCAUCCACCCUUUGGAAGGUCGUUCCUUUACCGUCGCCGAUAGGUGGCGCCUUGCUGAUCGGCACAAAUGAGUUCAUUCACGUCGAUCAGAGCGGCAAGGCAAAUGCCACCGCUGUCAACGAGUUUGCGAUGAAAGAGAGCGAUUUUGGUAUGGCGGAUCAAUCUGGUUUGAAUUUGAAGUUGGAAGGUUGCAGCGUCGAGAUUCUCAAUGCGUCCACUGGCGAGAUGCUUGUAGUGCUCCGGGAUGGUUCUCUCGCAACGGUCGACUUCAAGAUGCUCGGCCGCAGUAUCAGUGCUGUGAUUGUCACGAUAAUCUCGUCAGAGAAUGGCGGAAAAGUCUUCUCAACCGCUCCCUCUUGUGUGUCAAGACUGGACCAGAAUAACCUCUUCAUUGGCAGUGAAGAUGGCUCUUCCUCUCUUCUUGGCUGCACUAACUCGCAGAGUGGUCUGAGCAGGAAGCGUUCUCAUGCUCAGAUGCUAGGUCAGAAUUCCGGAGACGAAGAGGAGGAUGUGCUGGACGAGGACGAUGACGACUUGUACGACGCCGAGCCCGAUUCGAAGAAAAGAGCGACUUCGGUCGCGGAACAAUCAGCCGGCGACUCGAGCACGCAUUUCGUGAUCAAGGACGAUUUGCACUCCAUUGGCCCCAUCAACAACACAUGCGUCGGCAGAUCUAAUGCUGCCGGUGAGGACAAAUUGCAACUGCUCGCAGGGACAGGCAAGAGCCGAUCGAGCAGACUGGCCUGCAUCAACCGCGACAUCAUACCUCAGCAUAUCCGAAAGAACCAAUUCGAAGGCGCGAGACACGCAUGGGCUGUUUGUGCUCGCGAGAAGAAUGCAAACGACGAUGAAGCAGGCGAGGGCGGCUACACAGAGCGGUCAGCGACGGAAUUCGAGCACGAUGGCGAAACGCUAGAAGUACUCACGCUCGGGCAUGGGACCGCCGUUGUACAAGUCCGGCGUAUGGAAAUCCGGACGUACGACAGCCAUCUUGCGCUCAGUCAAAUCAUCCCAAUGAUCGACGAUGAGACCGACGCAGAGUUCAGCAUUGUACAUACGUCAGCCUGCGAUCCUUACCUGCUCGUUAUACGAGACGACAGCAGCAUUCAGGUUCUGCAACACGAACGGAAGGACAUUGAGCCUCUGGAUAUCACACCCGACGCUGCGGACAAGCAGUGGAUGAGUGGUUGCGUGUAUUCUGGUGAAUUCACGGACGGAAACGCAGCGCUGUUCCUUCUCUCUGCAGAAGGCUCCUUACAUGUGCUCACGCUUCCGGACCUGCAGCUGGUCUACAUGACUCCUGCACUGCCUCACUUGCCUCCGGUCUUGUCUGCAGAUGUCAGUCACAGAAGAAUGGGUGUGAAAGAGACUUUGACGGAGCUUCUGGUCGCCGACCUGGGCAAUGAUGGUGUUCUCCAGCCUUAUCUGACGGUAAGGACAGCGAUGGACGAUGUUGUUCUAUAUGAACCCUUCCAUUCUUCGCCGUCAGCUUCGACCGGACCCUGGCAUUCGAAUCUGCGGUUCAGGAAAGUGCCCGUACCGUACAUUCCCAAGUACAACGACUCUCCUCUCGAGGACCCCAACGCUCGACCGCCCGCGCUGAGACGCAUGCAAAUUGGUGGAUACAAUACCGUUUCGAUACCUGGUGCGCCGUCUUGUCUCUUGUUGAAGGAAGCAUCUGGACCGCCGAAGAUUCUGGAAGUGAACGAGCCCAAAAGGUCGAACGCCACUACUAUACUGACUCCGUUAAACCGCAUCGGCUGCGAGAAUGGCUUCGCGACUGUGGAUGUAAAUGGCGCAUUGCACGAGUGCCAGCUUCCUCCUGACGCCUGGUUCAGCACUGGCUGGAGCAUUCGUCAAAUAGACCUUGGUGAUGAUGCGCGAGAAGUACGGCAUUUGGCGUAUCAUGAAGCCAGAGGAAUUUUCGUUGCGGCAACAUGCACGACAGUUGACUUCUACUUCGCAGAGGAAGAUGGCAGACAUCCGGAACAAGAUGACAUCUCCAUCCGUCCACAGGUCCCACAAUACAGCGUCCAUCUCAUCUCUGCGAAGACGCACAAGAUCAUACAUACCCACAAGCUCCCAUAUUUGGAAACCGUCACGGCCUUGAAGGUGAUGCCAGCAGAAGUUAGCGAGCUCUCUCACGAGGUCAAACCUGUGGUCGUGGUAUCGACCGGAGCUCAGCGUGGCGAGGACAUGCCUGCGAAAGGCGCACUCAUCGUCUUUGAUGUAAUCGAUGUGGUUCCGGACCCUGACGUCGAAGAGAGCGGCUUACACCUCCACGUAUUGGCGAGAGAAGAAUCCCGUGGAGCCAUUACGGCUCUCGCAUCAUUUCCCGGCGGCAUGAUUGGUACAGCUCAAGGACUCAAGCUGAUGAUUCGAGGCAUGCGAGAGGAUGGAUCAUGUUUGCCUGUGGCCUUCCUGGAUGCUCAAUGCUAUACUUCACUCCUGAAAACGCUCGACUCCCGCGGGUUGUGGCUCGCUGGAGACGCAUGGAAAGGACUGUGGUUCGGUGGCUUCACUCAGGAGCCGUACAAGCUCACACUGUUGGGCAAAUCACCGCGCACCGAGAUGGAGGUUAUCGAAGCCGACUUUCUGCCCUUCGACGGUGCUCUGUUCCUGCUCGUUCUGGACGCUGACGCAGAUCUUCACGUUCUGCAGUAUGACCCGGAGAAUCCCAAAUCACUCAAUGGCCAGCGCUUGCUUCAUCGAAGCACAUUCCACAUUGGCCAUUUUCCGACUGGAAGCAUGUUGUUGCCCAGCACGUUGGCGCCAUUCACGGAGCAGGCCCGUGAUCUUCCCAAUGGGGACAGCGAAGACACCAAGCAGGAAGAGGUCAAUUCACCACUCUUCCACGUCUUGACCACGACAUCCAGCGGCUCUAUCGGUCUCAUCACGCCUCUCGAUGAGAGUACGUAUCGCAGACUCAGCGCAUUGCAAGGUCAUCUCACCAAUAUCCUCGAGCACGCCGCCGGUCUCAAUCCGAGGAUGUACCGAACGGACACCGAGAUGAAGGCCACAGACAGUGAAAUGGGAGGUGCCAAGGGCGUUGUGGAUGGCAGCUUGAUCAGACGAAUCAGCGAAUUGGGAGCGGCCAGAAGAGCGGACGUACUGAGCCGAGUGGGCGGAGACGUAUGGCAGUUGAGAAGCGAUCUGGAGGUCUGCGGGGGCGGUGGAUUGGGCUAUUUGUGA